AGGAAGAGGCCGUAAGCUACAAAGUGUUAGCUAGCAUAGACUGAAAAAUGCCACCUUGUUGUGUCAUUCUAGUCGGCAAUGUAGACCCGCACUUUUAGAGAAGGACCUAAUUCGGCCACGUAAGCUCUUUAUACUUUGGUUCGGGCGCAGAAGCUGACGAGAGAGAAGCUAACGGUAAUGUUUUCUACAAACGUUAACAAAGCUAGCUGAUUGGCUUAGGUAGUAAGCUAGCAUUAGCCGAGCUAACGUUAGCCAACAGUCGCUAAGGAGCGAGCUUUGUUGGCCAAUACAAAUGCCAACACCUCUGGGUUAUUUCGCCAAGUAAGACAAGCAGAAGUGAUCGGCAUCAAAUGAAAGGUGGUGGAAGUGGAACUUGACCCAUCCAACUGAGUCACCAUUUUCCUGCACAUAAUGGGUUUGAUGGCUCCACUGUAUGCAUGACUUGUUUCGUGUGGCCUGAUGGGAGGACAUUGUGGAUAGUACUUUCAUCAGGAUACCAGGAGAGCCAUCCCAUGCCCCCACUUUGGAGGGCCUGUCAGAAUGAAGAAGAUAAGCCUUAAGACCAUCCGCAAGUCCCUCAGCAUAAAGGGCAAAGAGGAGGGUGACUUUGUCAUGCUCCAGCAGCCCUCGGUGACUACAGAGUUUUCCAAGGAAGAGUCACUUUUUGGGGGCUGCUACACCAAAGAGCUUUCUGGCUGUGACCUUGGUGGUGAAGAGGACAAAGGGGGCCAGAAUAAGGGCCGCUCAAAGAGUGAGGGCCUGAUGGGAUCUUUAAAGAGGAGGCUGUCUGCCAAGCAGAAAGUGAAAGUGAAAGGCAGCUCCUCUGCCAUAGGCUCAGUGGAUGACGACGACACCUUCUCAUCCUCAUCUGUGCCCAUCAGCUUCAACGAGGUGAAAGCCCAGAGACCCCUGAGAUCUGCAUCCCUACGGAGUCACCAUUAUAGCCCCUCACCGUGGCCUCUGCGGUCAGUCAACUCUGAUGAGGCGUGUAUCAAGAUGGAGGUAAAGGUUAAAGCCAUGGUUCACUCUCCCAGCCCGAGUCCCAACUUAAAUGGUGUCCGGAAAGAAUUUCAUGAUUACCAGAUGGAAGGGCUCUUUCAGGACCAAGCAGAAUCCUUAAAGAAUCUCCAGCAGCCACAAAAUGGUGAGCUGCAUCUAAAUAUUGAUGAAAAUGACGUGCCUGUGGUGCUGGGGUUGACUCCCCAGGACUACAUCCAGUACACAAUGCCUUUAGAUGAGGGAAUGUACCCGGAAGGGUCCCACUCCUUCUGCCUGGACAGCUCCUCUCCUAUGGAGGUGGUGACUGAAGCGGACAAUGGAUCCCUCCACACAGACCAGGGACAGGAGGAACAUGAACUGGUUAGUGGGAUGCCUCCGGAUCUCUUUAUGGAAACCUCAGUUAGUAGUCUUCUCAUUGGUUCCGCUGGUGUGAUGCUCCAAAGCUCUCGAGUAGAGGUCCCACCUCCCCUCUCUCCACUCCUGCCGCCCAUAUCGAGUAAUGGACAUAUUCCUAGGACUUUUUCAGGGUUCAGCUCUUCAGACAGCCAAGUUGCUGAGAGGGUAAGACACCACCUCAACUUUGACCCGAAUUCAGCUCCUGGGGUCAGUCGGGUCUACGACUCGGUCCAAAGCAGCGGGCCCAUGGUCGUCACCAGUCUGACAGAGGAGCUGAAGAAGCUGGCAAGGCAGGGCUGGUACUGGGGCCCCAUCACACGCUGGGAGGCAGAGGAAAAGCUGGUCAACUUGGCUGAUGGUUCAUUCCUGGUCAGAGACAGCUCAGACGACAGGUACCUUCUCAGCCUGAGUUUCAGGUCCCAGGGCAAAACCCUCCACACCCGGAUUGAACACUCCAAUGGACGCUUCAGCUUUUAUGAGCAGCCUGAUGUGGAGGGACACACAUCCAUCGUUGACUUAAUCGAACACUCUAUCAAAGACUCAGAGAAUGGAGCUUUUUGCUAUUCCAGGUCUCGCUUACCAGGGUCUGCAACCUACCCUGUCAGACUAACCAACCCAGUAUCUCGGUUUAUGCAAGUGCGCUCCCUGCAGUACCUUUGUCGCUUUGUCAUUAGACAAUACACAAGGAUAGACCUGAUUCAGAAACUGCCCUUACCUAACAAGAUGAAAGAUUAUCUGCAGGAGAAGCACUACUGAGGACACAGAGAUAGGACAGUGGUAGCAAUUUGCACUUUUGUGUUCAGUUAAGAGAUUUAAACAAGGUUUACAGACAACCACAGUUUUGAGAUGAUUGGUUCUGGUGGCUCUUGAUUUGUGUCCAGGUGACUCUGUCACUGUAAAGUCCUCCAUUCCACUGUUCUGGGUUUUUUUGCUGGUCUUAGAAGGCUCCACUUCCAGAAACACAGGCCUGCACAUAGUCUACUGCAAAAAUACAGCAGAGGUAUACAGCCAAGUUAUCUUAGUUGCAUACAUGAAGUGCAGAAAUUAGACAUGCAUGGUGAUGUAUGGUUAAGUGUCACAUCCAGCUGUGCAAGUAGAGCACAUUUCCAUAAAUUUGCCAAUUUGAAAAUUCAUUCAGUUUUUAUCCACUAAAUUGUACAUUUAAAAGAUGGAACAAGUAUUGCUACGAUCAAAUUUAAAGCCUCUUGCAGACUGACCAAUUUUGACCAUCUUUUGCAUUUUAUUACCUGUCAAGAUUUUGCAAUGUACCCCUCUUUUUCAGCAUGACCAGACUGCAAAUGAGAACAUCAUUCUGCUUUUAUACUAUGCAAUUAGUCAAACAGCAAGGCUUCAUUGUACAAUAAGUGAAGAUGGCCAGCCUGUGAUUUUCAUGUUAACCAGAUCUUUGCUCAUUUACAGACUUGACUCCUGAUCCAGUUGAUGCUGUUUAUUCAAGUAUUUUUUGACUGUCAUGGCAUGGUACUAACUGACAUACUACAUAUACAGUUGUGCCCCAGUAUGCUUAGACUGGUGCUGGCUUUGUUUUUGACUUUGUCAUGUUUGUUGCUUUCAGUUGUACUGUACAAACAUGAAAAUCCCACCCCCUGUCGAAAAGCUUUGCCAGGUUUAUUUUAACAUAUUGUUGCAAAAGAUGUCUAAAAUUUGCCGGUCUGUGAGAGCGUUUGACUUGUUUGGUCAGCGAAGUAGCCUUAAAUUGUAUGGCUGCGUAUAGCCAUUAUAUAAUGUGUGAGCCUAAAGGUACUGUCGAUGCUGGAUUUUAAUGUGCUGUUUGUUGAAACAGCAUCAAGUUGAUGUAUAAACCUUUUAGAAAUAUAUUAACAUUAAAAGUGAGAUCUUUCUGCAUUAGGAAUGUUGCAAAAACUGCACCGCCGCUCAGGCCUAACAACUUUGUCACUAUCUGUAAUGCUUGUACCUGCAUGUAGUAAAGGCUUUAAGACUGUCAAUUAAUGGCACUAUAGAGCUCCUUUAAAUGAGAGAAGAUGUCACCGUAAAAGGGUGAAAGAUUUUGGCUGUGUUGUUUAAGCGCAACUCUGAGUAAAAGGCUGUUUAAUGCACAGUUGCAUUUACUUUAGGCAGUUUAUAAGUAAAGAAAAUUGCCCUCAAUUAACCUCCAACUGAAAGACAGACCUCUAGUCAAUAGACCUGAAUCUGUAUGAAGGGAUGGCCGUUUCUUAGUCUCAACUCCAGCAACAAGCUGGACCCAGAUCAAAGAAAUCCCCCCAAAAAUGGUGUGAGCUUAGGUAAAAGGACUUGGGAAAGCCAGGGUUAAGUCCUCCUCGCCUUCUUGGAGUGAUGCCAGGGUUUCAGCAUAUGACAAAAGCUAGAGUCACAGCAGCAUGGCUACAUCAUUGAUGUCAUAUGGGUUUCAAGGACAUUAAAAAAAAAAAAAACACAUAGAAUUUUUUGCCAUUGCUUCUUCACAUUGUCCCCACAGAGCUGCACCACCCCACAGAUUGUCUCUACUUGGCUGUUGGCGCCACAGUAAAGGGAAGAGCACACAGUAUGCUACGCAAGUGCUUUAUAUGGAUACUUUGACAGGGAAUUGUGUUUUCACAUUAUGAAUGAGCAUCUUUUUUGACAUCAGUGUCCUUAAAAGUAUUUGGAAAAAUGAUCUCUCAGACAACUUUGGUAGGUCGUUAGAGUAUAGUUCUAGUUUUAGUUAGCUGGAAGUGUUGGUGUCUGAGGAAGUUACCCUGAGUCUAGGACAGCAGAAAUUAGAUAGGAACUUUGGAUGGUGUUGCAUGUUUAAAGACUUAGCAUUUUAAAGCUUUGAGUUGCAUAGGAAUGAAGGCUCUAGGUUGUGUUUGGCAGUGUAGAGGGAUGUUUUUUUUUUUUCUUCUGUCACAAACAUUGGCUGGACAUUCUGUGUACAAGAAAUGUAUUUUUCUUUUACGAAUCCUUAUGUGAGUUUUAUUUUUUGUGAUAUUUGCCAUCUGGGGAAUGGGGCUGUACAAAAGGAAUGUACGCUUGUUUGAGGUAUCCAUUUUAUCUGCCUGCGGACCAGUUUCAGAAAGCAUGAGAAUCAUAAAAACUACAUUGACACAUUUUUGCACUUGAAUAUUCUCCAUUGACAUGCUUGGAUCCUCUCUUGCCUAGAGUUGUCCUUUUUUUAGAUGGCGGUUUUGAAACAGAAAUAUAGUCACACGUUUGUCCCUCCGUGUUCAUGUAAGUGUUUAGAUUAAAUCGAGAUUGUUCGUGUCAUAUCUGUGGGAUACAAAGGGUAAGGCACCAGCAUCAUAUCAAAGCCCCUGCUAAUGCUCACGAGCUGUCAAGGACUGGGAUCAUGGCAAGAAUGUGGAUGUAAAUUAGAUUUUACUUUUGGGUGUGCGUGUGUAUGUGUUUCAGUUGAAAUGUGAAAGUAAAUUGUUAGUCUUUUUUUUUUUUUCUCCCCCCAAAUGCAAUGUUCCUUUACUUGUAUUUCCAUUUUAAUUUGUCAUCAGACUUUGACAAGCAGGAACCAGAUUCAUAUGGUGUUGCUGCUGUGAGUUUUCUAAAUACUUAUUUUGUUUAUUAUUAAGCGUUAUUGCCUUCAAUGUUUGGUUCCAGAGGUUGAUGCUUGUUCAGACUGCUGAAGCAUUUUGAAUUAAUAACAGCUGUUUAGCACUUAACAAGCUCCAACGUGUUUUUCUUUUUUGUGCAUCUCGGUGAGUGAAGGUGAUUGUUUACAACAUGUUUAGAAAGCCCCCCCACCCCCCUCCUUUUUUGUUUACCCUCUCUCACAUGAUCAUCUUGGUACAAUUUGAACUCUAUUUCAUUUCAAUGUGUUAUACACAUUUGUGCUGCUUAUGGAUAUGAUUGCCUUUCUUGUAUUUAACAAUGGGGAAAUAGAAUGUCACCAAUGUAGAUGUAUGUACACAUAAUGACUUUGGUUAUCAUCUUGGGAGAGCAAAGCAGAUUUGCAACUUGUUAACAAACUGUAGUCAGCUAAAAGAGCAUUAGUAGCGAUUAGUAAACCCUCUGUAGAAUUACCAGUUCACUCCAGUUUACAUUGGUUGUCAACUGUCAACUUUCCAAAGUAGAUGGUCUUUUUGUAUUUUUCUUUUGGAAAAAAAAAAUCAACAGUGAUUUUAUUGCACACUUUGGAUACAGUUCAAGAGUUUUUGUAUCUGCCAAUUAUAAAUUAUAAAUA